AGUGCAUGCGGUAUUUAUAUAUAAAACAGUCUGAAGCUAUAUCAUAGCUAACUUUUCUUCUUUUCCCUAUGAAUUUGCUUUUUUUAUGGUUUUAUCUUAAAGGAUUUUUGUUUGAAAUCUCUGUAUAAAUCCUUUUGGUUUUGAUUAAUUCAACAGAUAGAAAUUAUGGCUGCUUCUGAUUUUCUGUGCCGGGCUGAGACCAGGAGUGUGUUAUGGGUAAUGGGAGGUGUUUUUGCAUUUUCCAUACUUUUUCAAUUUUGUGAACUUCCAUAUGGAAAUUUCAUAGGUUCCUUAUUUUCUGGUUUGAAUUUCAAUAGAAUGAACUACAUGAAUACACAAAUCAAUUUUACUACUGGAUUCGAUGCGAAAAUCAGCAGAAACGACUCUAUUUUUUCGAUCGAAUCAAUGAGAAGUAGUAAUCCUCAAGGUAAAACUUCAGUUCAGUCAUCUACACAGCUAAAUUACAGUUCUGGAGUGGAAUUGCUGAAACCAAACAGGAAUUUAGAACCAGAAAGGGCUAAGGAAUUUGGGAAUAUAUUCAAAGGUGGCAAUGAACAAAAUAAAGAUGAUAUUAUCCCUCUACCACCACCAUUGAUUUCACCAGAUCCACAAGUUGAUGAUAAUUUGACUGCUCCGAGUAGUUCUCAUAAUCCCUAUGAUGAAGUAGCUGUUAUUGUUCCUUUAAACUCGAAUGCCACAAUACAGCUGAUGAAUUCACCAGCUCCCUCUGUUUCACAUAGGCAUGUUGACACCGAUAAUUCGACCUCUUUGGCUAGUUCUCAUAAGCCAAAUGAAGCAACAGGGCUAUUAAGAAAUGAUCUUCCCUUGUCAAGGAAUGGUUCCACUGUGACCAAAAGUACUCCUGCUGCGAAGAAAGCGUCAGAUAAGCCAGUGGAAGGUGUAGUGUCAAUAUCUGAAAUGACUAAUAUGUUGCUUCGGAGUAGUCACCCCUCAAACCUUCUAACGAAUCCGAUGUGGUUUUCAGCCGGUGAUGAAGAAUUGCUGAGUGCAAAAUCACAGAUUGAAACUGAAGCUAACAGUAUCGGUGAUCUUGGCCUAUAUGCACCAGUUUAUCACAAUGUUUCAAAGUUUAAAAGGAGCUAUGAGUUAAUGGAACGGAAUCUCAAGGUUUACAUCUAUAAGGAGGGAAAGAGACCCAUAUUCCAUCAACCAAAGCUCCAUGGCAUCUAUGCUUCAGAAGGUUGGUUCAUGAAGCAGUUAAAAGCAAGCCAGCACUUCCUCACCGAUGACCCGAACAAAGCACACCUGUUUUACUUGCCUUUUAGUUCUCAAACUUUGGAAGAAGUGGUGUAUGUGCCUGGUUCUCACAGCUUCGAUAAGUUAAAAGCAUAUUUGAACAAUUACCUCGAUUUGAUCAAGGGAAGAUAUCCAUUCUGGAACAGAACACAAGGAGCUGACCAUUUUCUUGUUGCUUGCCACGACUGGGCCCCGGAAGAAACUAGGCGUGAGAUGGCCAAUUGCAUAAAAUCUUUAUGCAAUGCUGAUUUAAGAGAAGGAUUCAAGUUGGGCAAGGAUGCUUCUCUACCGGAAACAAACAUUGUCUCAACUGAUCCCUCGAGAACCCUUGGGGGAAAACGUCCUAGCCAACGGAAAUUCCUUGCUUUCUUUGCUGGAAGUAUGCAUGGGUACGUCCGUCCUAUUCUUUUAAAGCAUUGGCAAGACAAAGAUCCAAGCAUGAAAAUCUUUGGCCGGAUGCACUACAGUGACUACAUCCUGCACAUGAAGAGCAGCAAAUACUGUAUAUGCGCAAGGGGUCAUGAAGUGAACAGUCCACGAGUCGUGGAGGCUAUUUCCUACCAAUGUGUUCCCGUGAUCAUAUCUGAUAACUUUGUACCGCCAUUUUUGGAGACAUUGAACUGGGAAACGUUUGCUGUUUUCGUCCAAGAGAAGGACAUUCCUAAUCUGAAGCCUAUACUCGAAUCAAUCCCGCUAAGAAGAUAUCUGAAACUGUAUAACAAUGUGAUGAAGGUACAACAACAUUUCCUUUGGCAUCCUGAACCAGUAAAGUAUGACACCUUUCACAUGAUACUUCAUUCUAUUUGGUACAAUAGAGUUUUCCAGAUUGCAUCCUAGUUUUGGAUUUGAUGAUAUUGUAGCUUUUGUAAGGAAAAAAGAGAACAAAUAUAUAGCACAUUAUUUCGAUUGAUUGGUAAAUGCUGCUCUCAUUGUGCCAAUUUAAAGGACUACACACAUCUACAUCUUUAAUGUAAUGGUACAAGGUG